AUGCUGGAUCUUGAUGACGAAGAGCUGCGUCAAAUGGAGUACAAGCAAACAGGCAAGCGCAAGAACCGACUCAAUGAUGAAGAUACAGCAGCUCCACGACCGCGUGCAGUGCUUCAACGACCAGGACUAGAAGAGUCAAGCGCGCCGGAAAACAACUCGUCACGCCAAGAAGAAGACGAAGAAACGAAGGAUUCUGUUGAUUCAACACCGCCUGUGUUUUGGCGUGCGAGUGCAAAUGCCGUUGAAGCAGCAGUGGACUUAUCGGAGCCCUCAACCUUUGAAGCAGCAGUAAGCGGCCCUGACCAAGUGCACUGGAGAAAAGCAAUUCAUGCAGAGCUCGAGUCAAUGCGACUUCGCGGUGUGUUUCGUGCAGCCAAGCUGCCCAACGGACAACGCGCCAUUGGCACAAAAUGGGUGUUCAAGAUCAAGCGCAAGGCGGAUGGGUCAAUCGAGAAGUACAAGGCACGACUUGUGGCCAAGGGUUUCCGCCAAAAGUAUGGCAUCGACUACACGGAGACGUUUUCGCCUGUGGUCAAGUAUGUGACGCUGCGAAUGGUGAUCGCAAUUUCCAAGCAUUUUGGAUGGCCCAUCGACCAGCUUGAUGUGGUGACAGCUUUCCUGUAUGGCGUCAUGAAGGAACAAGUGUUCUGCGUGAUUCCUGAAGGCGUCGAACUUGACAGUACGUUCGACUGCCUGGAAUUGGUGAAGUCAAUUUACGGCCUCAAGCAAGCGUCGCGAGUGUGGAACGAGACGUUCGACGAGUAUACUUCGGACGGCCAUUGCGUGUUUAUACUGGUCUACGUGGACGACGUCUUGGUGACUGGAAGCUCGCUCGAGCUGAUUGCACAAACCAAGAACGACCUGAAGACGCGGUUCGAGAUGACGGACAGCGGCAAGUGUGCGUUUGUUCUUGGGAUCGAGCUUUUGGACGGUGAAGAUGGCAGUGUGACACUAUGUCAGCGUCGGUAUGUCGAUGAUAUCCUCAAACGCUUUGGCAUGGAUGAUUGCAAGGAAGUCGCAAGUCCAGUCGACAUGAGCUCUCGACUUGUUUCAAGUGAUGCAACUACCAAGGUCGAUGCUCCUUUUCGCGAAGCUGUUGGUGCGUUGAUGCACCUGACCACUGCAACGCGUCCGGACAUUGCGUUUGCUGUGGGAUAUGUGUCGCGGUUCAUGGAAAAUCCCCAAGAAGAACACUGGGUUGCAGUUAAGCGUAUCUUUCGCUACCUACAAGGCACCAAGACGCAUGGAAUUUGCUACAAGCCAAGUGCAAGGAUCGACUUCCGUGGAUAUUCGGAUGCGGAUUGGGCUGGUGAUCUUACCGACCGCAAGUCAACAUCGGGGUACACGUUCAUGCUACUCGGUGCGCCAGUGAGUUGGGGCAGCAAGAAGCAGCCAAGUGUUUCGUUGUCCACGACUGAAGCUGAAUACAUCGCACUCAGCUUGGCGAUUCAAGAGGGCAAGUGGAUUCAUCGUCUGCUUUGUGAGAUCGUGAUGGCUGCCAAUGAAGAAGGACCGGAACUCAUGAUUCAUGAAGACAAUCAGUCAUGUAUCAAGAUGACGAAGAACCCGGUCAAUCACGGCCGUGCCAAGCACAUUGAUAUCAAGUAG